GGUUACGACCGUUAUUUCGUAAAGACUUGUGAGCGGUUAAUUUUGUGUGAAUUUUCAAAAAGGCAUUGCAUUGUUUGUGGUGAUUUUUGAGUUUGUUUUGAUUGCAAGAAGAAUUUUUGCAACAAACACGAAAUAAAUAUAGUUUAAAAUUGAAGGUUAAUACCUUUUAUUAAAUAAAUCGAUUAAAAAUCAUUUGAUUAUCAUUUUCAUUUGAAAAUUCUUUCUUUCUUUCUUAAUGUUGAAAAACGGCAUAAAUAAAGUGCGUGUUGAAAAAGUAAAGUAAAAACAAAAAACAAGUAAGCACAACGUCAAAUACGAGUAAGAAGUGCAAGACCAGCAAAAACAAAAAAAAAAAAAUAAAGAAAAAUAAUAAAUAAAACAAAAAAAAAAAUAAAUAAAUAAAAACAAAUUUCGUAACGUGAUUUAACGUAACGUAAAUUGAAUUCACGUGUGUUCAGCAAACGCGCGCCUUUCAGUUUAAAACCAAUUUUUAAAUUUUUGCCAUUGUUUUCCCCAAUUUAAAUGCACUCAAUAAAGAUUUAAUAAUAAUAAAAAACGAAAAUUGAUAAAUAAAUUCAGGCAGAAAGAUUUAUUAAUACAAUUUUAAUUGCUAAAGCAUUAAAUAAUAAAAACCACUUUCGUUCUUAUUGUUUAUCUGUGAAAUCUGUGAAACCAGAUUAGCUCGACUGGAGCUUGCCAAGAAAUCCAUCGAAAAUAAUUGAGAAUUAUUGAGGAAAAAAAGUAAUAAUAAAAAAUCCAUAAUAUUGGAAAUAAAAAUAUUAUUAUAUAUCGAAUCUUAUCAUUUCAUCAAUUAACUUGUCGAAAUUGAAGGCUUGAUUAAAUUGCGUCAACUGUGAUUUGAGGAUACAUGCAAAUUGCUCCAGCUUAUAGCAUUGAACUGUACGUUUUACAUAAAAACGAAAAAUAAAUCCAUUUUAAUUAAAACUUUUAAAGCAACUGAUAACUCCAAAAGCAUUCGGUGGUAACCUUGCGGAAUAUAAAGCCAAGUGUUUUCGCCUGUUCGGUUCGUAUUAAACUUACACUGAGUACUCCAAUACUCACGCCUCACGAAGUUGUAUAUGAAAAGUUUGCACUCAUACAUAUACACACACAACUCGUAUACGCGAAAAGCCGGUAAUUGAUUCAUUUCUCAAACAAACCAACAAAAGCAAAAACAAAACAAAAACUCAAUACACGCAUGAAACAUUACACAGAAGUUCAGAAACACAACAAAAACAAAAACAAAAACAACGGCUACACGAAAAGUGUUACCUUUAAGCAAAUUUUGUGUGUUAUGAAUUCGUAGACUUCAUUUGAAUAUUCUAAAAUUUAUUUACAGUAAUUUUGAGACGAAGAACCCGGUUUAAUAACAAGUUUUGCCAACAGUAACGUUUAGCUAAAAUAAGUAAAAUAUUUUACUGGGAAUUAUCACUGUAGCAAGUUUAUAUCCAUGUCAACAACAUUUCCUGCGAAUGUAAACAACAGCAUAAUUUUAUGAAAAUUUUUUUGAGUGUGUCUAAUUAAAAUAAAAAUUAAAUUUAAAUAGUGUUUAUUGAAAAAAAAAAGAAAAUCUUAAAUAAGAAAUAUCUUUAAAUAUAUUAUUAAUAAUAUAUUUAGGCAACGUGUGUUUUCUCAAGUAUUAUUAUUAAUAAAAGCCACAAAAUAAUUUUCAACAAAAUGCUCUUCGAAAAUCCUGCUGUAGCUGCAAAGCUACCGUUUCCAUAUAAUGUGCCACCGCCAUUGCAGGCAGCAGCCGCUGCAGCCGCAGCUGUUCCAAAUUUAAGGUUUCAGACACCUAUUAAAGCGUUUGCCUGCCUGACAACAACAAGGUUUGUACGCAAUGACAACAUUUGCAAUCCUAUUGAUAACGCUGCUGCUGCCGCUGCUGCAGCUGCCGCUGGUUUAAUGGAUCCUCAUAAUAGGGAUUUGCAUAAUGCUUUAGUGGCCUCUAUAAACAAUAAUGUUGCAGCAGUAAAUGGCACAUUAACAACGGCUGCAGUGCUUAAAAGUCAAUCACAGCAACAACAGAAUACUGUUGGUAACAGUGCAGCGCAACAACAGACGGCACAGCAACAGAGCAUAAGCAAUCCCAAUACUGGUGCCUCGCCACAACAAGCAGCUAUUGCUCUAUUAAAUGGUAAUACUGGAAAUGCUGCCAAUAAUUCAAAUGUUAAUGGUACCGGUAAUACAGGUCCAAAAUCAUCAUCUUCAGGCCGUUCAACGCCCAGUAACUGCGUUAAUGGCUCAGCUUUAGAUCCUGCACCUGGCAAAUUAUUUGUUGGCGGCCUCAGCUGGCAAACGUCCUCUGAGAAACUCAAAGAAUACUUUAAUAUGUUCGGGACCGUAACAGAUGUGCUAAUUAUGAAGGAUCCUGUCACACAGCGAAGUCGCGGGUUUGGAUUUAUAACAUUCCAAGAGCCUAACAGUGUUGAUAAAGUUUUACAAGUGCCCAUACAUACCUUGGACGGGAAGAAAAUUGAUCCAAAACAUGCCACACCCAAAAAUCGCCCCCGUCAAGCCAAUAAAACUAAAAAGAUAUUUGUUGGUGGCGUCUCACAAGAUACUUCCGCUGAUGAGGUUAAAGCCUACUUUGGUCAAUUUGGUACUGUCGAAGAAACUGUCAUGCUGAUGGAUCAGCAAACAAAACGUCAUCGUGGUUUUGGUUUUGUAACUUUUGAAAAUGAAGACGUAGUCGAUCGUGUAUGUGAGAUACAUUUCCACACAAUCAAAAAUAAGAAAGUUGAAUGCAAAAAGGCUCAACCAAAAGAAGCAGUUACACCAGCACAGCAACUCUUGCAGAAACGCAUCAUGUUGGGUACUUUGGGUGUGCCAUUACCAACAGCGCCUGGACAAUUGAUAGGCGCACGUACUGCUGCCGGUGUUACAGCUAUGAAUCCAUUGGCCAUGUUACAGGCACCAACACAGUUACAAUUGCAUGCUGCCACUGGUGCUGCAGCUGCUGCGGCACAGCAAGCAGCACUCAUCUCACAAAAUCCCUUCCAAGUACAAAAUGCUGCUGCUGCAGCUGCAGUUGCAGCAAAUCCCACUGGCUUCGGCAAAUUGCUGACAACAUAUCCACAAGCAGCAUUACAUGGCGUCAGAUAUGCACCAUAUCCCAUACCAGCAAGUGCAGCUGCUGCUACCGCUGCUUUAGCAGCACAGGCUCAACAACAACAUCAACAUCAGCAAGCAACUGCUGCAGCACAUCAACAACAACAUACUGCCGCCGCGGCAGCUGCUCAACAACACAGUGCAGCAACAAAUUCAGCAGCUGCUGCUACACAGGCACACAAUGCCGCCUUAGCUGUAGCAGGUCAACAAGGUGCUCCUGCAGCAACACAUCCACUGGCAGCAGCUGCUGCUCAACAAGCCGCACUAGUUGGAAAUCCAUUAAAUCCAGCAGCGAAUCCAUAUCAGAGCUAUGCUCUAGCUAAUGUAGAUAUGUCCAGCUUUCAAGGUGUGGACUGGAGCUCCAUGUAUGGCAUGGGCAUGUACGUUUAAAGUGCUUAUUCGAUUAUGUUUUUAAGCAGCAUAACCAAAAUACAAAAAUAAAUUUUAUUAAUUUAACAAAAAAAAAAAUUAAGUAAUUAUAUAUAUAUGUAAUCUCUUUAAAUAUUAAAUAUGUUUUAAAGCUGCAAUUGAGCUUUGCUCUACGUGCGGUUAGAUUUCGUAUUUAUUUCUGUUGCGAAGAAAGAAAAAUUUAAUUUGAAAUUUUAAAUUUAAGCGUUUAUACUAAGUUUUAAUUUAUACAGCAAAUGCUGAUAAUGAAAUUGUUACACAGAAAAAGACAAAAAAUGA